UAUAAAAGUCAGUGGUACAAUUCUCCAGCAUCAUAUUUACAUAACACUGACUUCGCAAGGUUAUGUUAGCUAAGACCGUCAACGGAUUGGCUAAUCAUACUGAACGCCCUCUAGAACACAAAGCACGUAACACGUUAGAAGGAAAUUUCACAUAUAGGUAUAAUGCCGUAUAAUGAUGUUUAGAAUGCAGCUCCAUUACGUGUUCCUGGCGGUAGUCCUGUUUGCCGUGGCUUAUGCCUCGAACGAGUCAGGUGACCUUAUCGCCGAGGAGUCCCACACGAACGUCCAAGAGCAAGUCCGUGAUAAGAGAGCUCUUCUUCUUGGUGGUGCAGUGAUAGGUGCUAAGAUAUUAGGCGCUAAAGUAAUAGGCACUAAGGCUCUUGUUGGUGCUGGAUUAGUGGGCGCCAAAGCCGUUGGAAUUGGUGCACUAGGAGCAGGAUUGUACAAGGGUGGCUACUACCGCGGUGGAUAUGGUUAUGGUGGUGGAUAUGGUUAUGGUGGUCAUGGCGGUUAUGGUGGAUACCACAGUUACCCAUCAGUAACCUAUCGUCAUUAUCCAGCAUAUAGUAACCAUUAUUCUUAUGGAUGGAAGCCAUCUUACUACAGCAGCUGGUAAUUAAAAGAGGAAGGUAAACAAAUGACGUAAAAGGACCAAAUAUCAGUACUGUAAUGACAGUGCCACAAAGCUCUGUAAAUCAGAUUAAAAAUAAAUCUAUUAAAUAAGAAAUAUUA